AUGAUAUCGUUUUUCUCUAAGCUCUCAUUAAGCAGUUCUCAGAAGGUUCCGGUGGAAGUCGCUAAACCCGCUUAUAUGGACAAAAGUGCUUCACUACAGGAACUUGGCUAUAAGGACGAUAAUGAUUUAAGAGAAACGAUUUAUGACUUUUUGCGGACAAUACGGGAUCCAGAGAAGCCGAGUACUUUAGAGGAUCUCAAAGUUGUUUAUGAAGAAGGUAUCUUUAUCAAAGAGCCUACUGAAGAUAAUGUCCCUGUUCUGAGGGUCGAGUUUAAUCCGACUGUGCCCCAUUGUUCUUUGGCGACCUUAAUCGGGUUGUGUAUUCGAAUAAAGAUACAAAGGUCACUCAACCACCCUGUCAAACUGGACAUCUAUAUAAAAAAAGGUGCACACACUACAGAAGAUGAAAUUAACAAGCAGAUCAAUGACAAAGAAAGGAUUGCAGCUGCAAUGGAAAACCCCAACCUUCGGAACCUUGUAGAAAGUUGCAUUGCAGAUGAAGAAUAG